AUGUGGAGGAAGAAGCCUAAACUAUACACCCUGGACUCCGAAAAUGUGAUUGCGUUUCUGGAAGACUAUGAUCAGGAGCGUGUGUUGCUUUUAACAAAAUCGUGGACUGAAGAUAGUGCGGAAUUUGAGCGCAACUUCCGCAAAGCUAUGAAGAGUCAGAGGUCAGAUGUGAUCUUCGCCAUGUUGAAUAGUGAUGUGGACGAGUACUCACUGGUCCUGGACGAGUUACAAUUGGAAAAAGAGCACUUACCGGCCCUGUGUUACAUGGGUAUUGGCGAGGAUCUCCAGGUCUGCCCACUGAGCGACUCAUCUGUCGGAUAUAUCGAAUCGGUGCUGCGAUCAUUGCUCGAAUCGGAAUCAGAAGACGAAUCUGACGAGUCAGUGGAGACCGAAAGUUCACUGCUUAAGGAUGUGGUCGACUCAAUCUUGAACCAAGAAAAUAGGGAAACCCAGGACAAGAAAGAUAACUGA